GUGCGCGAGUGUGUGCAGGGGAGCGAGGCUGCCAAGUUUCUCUCUCCCGUUGCGUUAUUUUGGGGGAGAUGUCUCUCCCAUGAACCAGCGGGGGCUUGGGGGCUUGUGCUGUGGGGGGCACCUGUCUCUCAUUGUAUUAUUAUUUUUUUGUGUUAGAGUGGGGAGGAGGGGUGUAACCCAUCAUGUCGAGAGUGAUCCAGAAGAAGAACCACUGGACUAGCAAGGUUCACGAAUGCACCGUGAAGCGGGGACCCCAGGGUGAGCUGGGGGUGACGGUGCUGGGGGGCGCGGAGAAUGGGGAGUUUCCGUAUGUCGGAGCGGUGGCGGCAGCCGAAGCGGCGGGGCUUCCCGGCGGCGGCGAGGGCCCUCGGCUGGGCGAAGGGGAGCUGCUUCUGGAGGUGCAGGGGAUCCGGGUGUCCGGCUUGCCCCGCUAUGACGUGCUGGGAGUCAUCGACAGCUGCAAGGAGGCCGUCACCUUCAAAGCCGUCAGACAAGGAGGAAAGCUGAACAAGGACCUGCGACAUUUCCUCAAUCAGCGGUUCCAGAAAGGGUCUCCUGAUCAUGAGCUCCAGCAGACCAUAAGGGAUAACCUUUAUCGCCAUGCUGUGCCUUGCACAACCCGGUCUCCCAGAGAAGGAGAAGUGCCUGGCGUGGACUAUAACUUUCUGACUGUGAAGGAGUUCUUGGACCUCGAGCAGAGCGGGACCCUUCUGGAAGUCGGCACCUAUGAAGGAAACUAUUAUGGAACACCCAAACCUCCUAGCCAGCCAGUCAGUGGGAAAGUGAUCACGACGGAUGCCUUGCAAAGCCUUCAGUCUGGCUCCAAGCAGUCAACCCCAAAGCGAACCAAGUCCUACAAUGAUAUGCAAAAUGCUGGCAUAGUCCAUGCAGAGAAUGAGGAGGAGGAGGAUGUUCCUGAAAUGAACAGUAGCUUCACAGCCGAUUCUGGUGACCAAGAAGAGCACAUUCUCCAAGAAGCAGCCCUACCGCCUGUGAAUACUAGCAUCGCUGCUGCCCCCAACACGGACGCUUCUCAGAAGUUCCCUCAAUACCUACCUCUUUGUGCAGAGGAUAAUUUAGGUCCUCUACCUGAGAACUGGGAGAUGGCCUACACCGAAAAUGGAGAAGUCUAUUUUAUAGACCAUAACACAAAGACAACAUCUUGGUUAGACCCUCGGUGCCUGAACAAGCAGCAGAAGCCUCUGGAAGAGUGUGAAGAUGAUGAAGGGGUCCACACCGAGGAGCUGGACAGUGAACUAGAACUGCCUGCUGGUUGGGAAAAGAUUGAAGACCCUGUCUAUGGUAUCUACUAUGUAGACCACAUCAACAGGAAGACACAAUAUGAGAACCCAGUUCUAGAAGCCAAACGGAAGAAGCAGCUUGAGCAGCGGCAGCAACCCCAGCAGCAACCCCAGCAGCAGCCGCAGCCCGAAGAAUGGACAGAAGAUCAUUCAUCGCUUGUGCCUCCUGUUAUUCCAAACCAUCCUCCAAGCAAUCCGGAGCCAGCCAGAGAAGCUCCACUUCAGGGCAAACCCUUUUUUACACGAAACCCUUCUGAGUUGAAAGGCAAGUUCAUUCACACGAAGCUGCGGAAAAGCAGCCGUGGCUUUGGCUUCACAGUCGUUGGAGGGGAUGAACCUGACGAGUUUCUGCAGAUCAAGAGCUUGGUCCUGGAUGGUCCUGCCGCACUGGAUGGCAAGAUGGAAACAGGAGAUGUCAUUGUCAGCGUGAAUGACACCUGUGUUUUGGGACAUACGCAUGCACAAGUUGUGAAAAUCUUCCAGUCCAUUCCCAUUGGUGCCAGUGUGGAUCUUGAACUCUGCCGAGGUUACCCGUUGCCUUUUGACCCAGAUGACCCCAAUACAAGUUUAGUGACCUCGGUGGCCAUUUUGGAUAAAGAACCAAUUAUUGUGAAUGGGCAAGAGACUUAUGAUUCGCCAGCUAGUCACAGCAGUAAAACAGGCAAAGUCAAUGGCACAAAGGAUGCCAGGCCCAGCAGCCCUGCUGAUGUGGCGUCAAAUGGUUCCCAUGGUUACCCCAAUGACACUGUCUCUUUGGCUUCCUCCAUAGCCACUCAGCCAGAACUCAUAACUGUUCAUAUAGUCAAAGGGCCAAUGGGCUUUGGCUUUACUAUCGCAGACAGUCCUGGUGGUGGUGGCCAAAGAGUGAAACAGAUUGUGGACAGUCCGAGGUGCCGCGGCCUGAAAGAAGGGGAUCUGAUAGUGGAAGUUAAUAAGAAGAACGUGCAGGCUCUGACCCACAACCAGGUCGUGGAUAUGCUGAUCGAAUGUCCAAAGGGAAGUGAGGUCACGUUGUUGGUGCAACGAGGAGGGUUGCCAGUUCCCAAGAAGAGCCCAAAGUCGCAACCACUGGAAAGAAAAGACAGCCAGAAUAGCUCUCAGCACAGCAUCUCCAGCCACCGGAGCCUACACACGGCCUCCCCAGGCCACAGCACACAGGUGCUCCCCGAGUACCCACCUGCAGAGGCCCCAACUCCAGAUCAAACCGACAGCUCUGGGCAGAAAAAACCAGAUCCUUUUAAAAUCUGGGCCCAGUCCAGGAGCAUGUAUGAAAACCGACCUAUGUCACCUUCGCCUGCAUCGGGAUUGAGCAAGGGGGAAAGAGAAAGAGAGAUCAAUUCCACGAGUUUUGGAGAAUGUCAGAUUCCAGACUACCAAGAACAGGACAUCUUCCUCUGGAGAAAAGAGACUGGAUUUGGAUUUAGGAUUCUGGGUGGAAAUGAACCAGGGGAACCUAUUUAUAUCGGUCACAUUGUACCGCUGGGUGCUGCUGAUACGGAUGGCCGCCUGAGGUCUGGGGAUGAAUUAAUCUGUGUGGAUGGGACACCGGUAAUUGGAAAAUCACACCAGCUUGUGGUCCAACUUAUGCAACAAGCUGCCAAGCAAGGCCACGUCAACCUCACGGUGCGGCGUAAAGUGGUGUUUGCAGCCCCCAAAGCCGAGAAUGAGGUGCCGUCGCCGGCCUCCUCCCAUCACAGUAGCAACCAGCCGGCGUCGCUGACCGAGGAGAAGCGCACCCCGCAAGGCAGCCAGAACUCCCUGAACACGGUGAGCUCCGGCAGCGGCAGCACCAGCGGGAUCGGCAGCGGCGGCGGUGGCGGCAGCGGCGUGGUCAGCACAGCAGUGCAGCCCUACGACGUGGAGAUCCGGCGCGGUGAGAACGAGGGCUUCGGCUUCGUCAUCGUGUCCUCAGUGAGCAGGCCCGAGGCCGGCACGACUUUCGCAGGCAAUGCAUGUGUGGCUAUGCCUCACAAAAUAGGUCGGAUUAUUGAGGGGAGUCCUGCUGACCGAUGUGGCAAGCUGAAAGUGGGAGACCGGAUCCUGGCAGUGAAUGGAUGUUCCAUCACCAACAAGUCCCAUUCAGACAUUGUCAACCUAAUCAAGGAAGCAGGAAACACAGUUACCCUCCGCAUCAUUCCUGGGGAUGAGUCUUCGAAUGCUACUUUGCUGACCAAUGCAGAGAAGAUUGCCACCAUCACCACCACACACACCCCUUCUCAGCAAGGGGCCCAGGAGACCAGGAAUACCACCAAACCAAAGCCGGAAUCUCAGUUUGAGUUCAAAGCACCCCAGGCAACACAGGAGCAAGAUUUUUACACCGUGGAACUGGAAAGAGGAGCCAAGGGAUUUGGCUUUAGUCUUCGAGGGGGCCGAGAAUAUAACAUGGACCUCUAUGUUUUGCGCUUAGCAGAGGAUGGUCCAGCAGAAAGGUGUGGAAAGAUGAGGAUUGGUGAUGAAAUUUUAGAGAUCAAUGGCGAGACCACCAAAAACAUGAAGCAUUCUCGGGCUAUAGAACUGAUUAAGAAUGGCGGCCGCAGGGUGCGUCUGUUUCUGAAGCGGGGAGACGGCUCAGUACCAGAAUAUGACCCCAGCAGCGACCGGCACGGCCCCGCCGCCGCCGGUGCACAAGGGGUUCCGGAAGUGAGGGCCGCGCCCCCCGACCGCCGACUGCAUCCAUCAUUGGAGUCCAGUUACCCACCCGAUCUUCACAAAUCAUCACAGCAUGGGGAAAAGCGGGCACACGGGAAAGACCCAAAAGGCAGCAGAGAGUAUAGCAGACAACCCAAUGAGCAUCACACAUGGAAUGGAACUUCUAGAAAACCCGACAGUGGGGCUUGCCGACCCAAGGACCGGGCACCGGAGGGACGGAGAGAGGCGCCCCCGGAGCAGAUGGUGACCAACGGCCCCAAGAGGAGGUCCCCGGAGAAGCGCAGAGAAGGCACCCGCAGCGCGGACACCACUUUGGAGAGAAGGGAGAAGCACGAGAAGAGGCGGGAGCUUUCUCCGGAGCGGAGACGCGAGCGCUCGCCCACCCGCCGAAGGGACAGCUCGCCCAGCCAUCGCAGGAGGUCCCUCGAGAGACUCUUGGAUCAGAAACGGUCCCCAGAGCGCAGGAGGGGGAGCUCGCCAGAGCGGAGGGCCAAGUCCACCGACCGCCGGCGGGCGCGGUCCCCCGAGCGCAGGCGCGAGCCGUCCCUGGAGAAGAGGCACAAGGAGGACCGAGUGAGCCACCGAGGAAGGGAAGAGCCCAGUGCGAAAGCGGAUGCCGGCCGAAGCUCCAGACACGCCCCCGAGCAGAGAAGGCGACCUUACAAAGAAUGUAGCACCGACCUCAGUAUCUGAGACGCUGAGGCACAGUCCAACCUUUACCGUGUCAAAGGUUCUAAGAGGAAGGUCACAAACCUGAAAUAAUUUAGUUUCUUACCUGGUGAAGCGUCUGACACCCGAUGAUCCUAUGAAGAGCAACAAACAUUUUAUGCAUUUGAAAUCUUAUAAGAAAAAAAUAUAUAUAUGAAAAGUGUUGUGCCUGAUGUAUAAUAUUAAAGAAAGUAUUUUUAAAUGCGUACUUUUUUGGAAAUUAUUUGCCAAAUGCUGCCCCGAAG